AUGAUAUAUUCCGAUGAUAUCCCGGACGUCAGUCUAAGCGAGAUUAGAAUGGCUCUCCAGCACCUUAAAAACGGCAGGGCCCCAGGCGAGGAUGGAAUUACAGCGGAGCUUCUGAAAGCGGGUGGAACACCGGUACUUGAAGUCCUUCAGAAGCUCUUCAAUUCCGUCCUCCAUGGUGGCACUACUCCAGAGGCGUGGAGCAGAAGUGCGGUGGUCUUGUUCUUUAAGAAAGGCGACAACGCUCUCUUGAAGAACUACAGACCGAUUUCCCUUCUGAGCCGCGUCUACGUGCUGUUUUCGAGAGUCAUUACGAAUCGUCUCGCACGCAGACUUGACGACUUCCAGCCUCCCGAACAAGCCGGUUUCCGAAAAGGCUUCAGUACCAUAGACCACACACAUACCCUGCGGCAGAUUGUACAGAAGACUGAAGAGUACAAUUUGCCACUUUGCCUGGCGUAUGUGGACUAUGAGAAAGCCUUUGAUUCCGUCGAAAUUUGGGCGGUGCUGCAGUCCCUUCAGCGGUGCCAAGUUGACUGUCGGUAUAUCGAAGUGCUGAAGUGUUUGUACAGUAGGGCUACGAUGUCUAUCCGAGUACAGAACCAGAGCUCGAAACCUAUCCAACUGCAGAGAGGUGUAAGACAGGGUGACGUUAUAUCCCCGAAACUCUUCACCGCUGCUUUGGAAGACGUUUUCAAGCUACUGGACUGGAAAGGAUACGGUAUUAACAUCAAUGGCGAGUACAUCACUCACCUUCGAUUUGCCGACGAUAUAGUCCUUAUGGCAGAAUCGCUGGAGGACUUAAGCACUAUGCUCAAUGACCUCAAUAGUGCCUCCCAACGGAUAGGUCUUAAGAUGAACAUGGACAAAACAAAGAUCAUGUUUAAUGUCCAUGUCACACCUAUGCCGGUAGUUGUUGGGAGCACUAUGCUCGAAGUUGUUGACGAGUACGUUUACCUGGGACAAAUAGUCCGACUAGGUAAGUCCAACUUCGACCGAGAGGUCAAUCGACGGACUCAACUCGGCUGGGCAGCGUUCGGGAAAUUACGACACAUCUUCUCGUCAGGUAUACCUCAAUCUCUGAAAACUAAAGUGUACAACCAGUGCGUGUUGCCAGUGAUGACUUACGGAUCAGAGACGUGGUCCUUCACUGCUGGCCGUAUGAGGACGCUCAAGGUCGCUCAGCGAGCUAUGGAGAGGGCUAUGCUCGGAGUUUCUCUGCGUGAUAGACUCAGAAAUGAGGAUAUCCGCAGUAAAACCAGAGUGACCGACAUAGCCCAACGGAUUAGUAAGCUGAAGUGGCAAUGGGCCGGCCAUAUAGCUCGAAGAACCGAUAACCGAUGGGGAAGAAAGGUUCUCGAGUGGCAGCCUCGUACCGGUAGGCGUAGUGUAGGGCGACCCCCACUAGAUGGAGUGACGACCUGGUAA